AUGCGUAGUAUCGAUAUAUAUUCGCCCAGCACGGCCACACUGAAGCGCGGGAAAGCCUGUCAGCUGUCAUAAAAUUCCGCAAAACCGAAUUGUACACAAAACGCAAAGUUAAUCAAUUUAACAACGAAAAACUCUUCAAACUUAUCUUCUAAACGCAGUCAGCUAACAACGUUUGACAUUUACGUCGUGAGGUGUUAGAUAUUUCAUCAUCGCACGCAAUCCAAAAGGAGCAGCACAAAAAAAGCCCGCCGCUUGCAGCGUCUGAGAAGAAAAAGUCUGAAAGUCUCGCAGUCUCCCAAAGAACAGUCCCAAAAGUACAGUCAUGGCCAAGGUGCACAUCACCAACGUUGUGGUGCUGGACAACCCCAGCAGCUUCUUCAAUCCCUUCCAGUUCGAGCUGACAUUCGAGUGCAUCGAGGAACUUAAGGAGGAUCUCGAAUGGAAAAUGAUCUACGUGGGCUCGGCCGAGUCCGAGGAGCAUGACCAGGUAUUGGACACCAUCUACGUGGGUCCCGUGCCCGAGGGUCGUCACAUAUUCGUCUUCCAGGCCGAUCCGCCAGAUGUUAGCAAGAUUCCGGAACAAGAUGCCGUCGGCGUCACCAUUGUGCUGCUGACCUGCUCGUAUCGCGGACAGGAGUUUGUGCGCGUCGGCUACUACGUGAACAACGACUAUGGGGAACAGGAGAUGCGCGAGAAUCCGCCAACCAAGCCCCUGUUCGACAAGCUAACGCGCAACAUACUCGCCAGCAAGCCGCGCGUCACCCGCUUCAAGAUCAACUGGGACUACGGCCACACCAAUGGCAAUGGCGUGCCAGAGAACAACGGCCACAGCGAUGAAAUGAUGACUGACGGCCCAUCCACAUCGCAUGCGGCCGAGGCUGGUGCCCAGCAGCAACAGCAGCAGCAGCAGGAUGAUGACAAUAGCCUGGCCAUGCCCAUCGAGAAUGGCAUCAAGGCCCUCAACGAGAACUCAAAUUCCCUGGCAAUGGAAUGUUGAGAGAGAUCUUCUGGCAGUCCAACUGCAACACACACAAAAACACUUUAGAGUGGGCGCAGACUUGAAAGCAACAACUCCCCCCGCCAGCCCGACCUCUCGACCCCUUAAUUAAGUAAUGUAAUUUAAAAGCAAGCGAUUAAAUAUAUAUGUACAC